CACGCUCAAAUGCUCAGCUGCGCCUCCACAGCCACAGACCGCACCGCCACAUCUUGCCAAUAACCACCUCCCAAUAAGCUACCGCAAUCGUGCAUCGUUAUCACACCCGCCCAUACUCCUGCUACAUACCCACUUGCAAACCUACUCAGCGUGAGAUAUCCUUGCAUCAACGAGCGGAAAUGGAGAGAAACCAGAGAGAGAGAGGCCGGUACCGGACUAUCGAGAAUGUCAAUGAUGCGGCCAAAUACUUUUUAGAAGAUUAUUACGGAGCCAUGAACCGCGACCGCACCAAACUCGCCAGCCUCUACGUCCCGGACGCCAAGAUCGUCUACAACGGCAACGCCUUCGCCGGCGGAGAUGCCUUCGCGAGCUUCUUCGCGACCGCCACCACCACCUACCACGACUCACAGUCCUACGACGUGCACAAGGUUGGCGGUGGCAGCAACCUCAUGGUUCUCGUCUCCGGAGCCGUCAAGUACGGUAUCGAUAAGGUCAACCGCGGCUACAGCGAGACGUUCGUCUUGCAGUCCAUUCCGGGCCCCACGCCCUCCUUCAAGAUACAAUCCCAAGUAUUCCGGCUGGUCACAAAGUAGUGGGACGGGGAGAUGUUGGGCACGUCAUACAGAAACGCGCUCGGGGAAUUUGGGGUAGAUGGUUUUAAUAGUUUUCGAUACCAAGUUCAUUUCGCGAACAUGAUUCUUCAAGAGCUGCAAUUCGCGUGAUUGCCUUUGUAAUAGUUAGUAUAUCCUGAGUUAUGGCAGCACCACUCUUUGUCUCUGUUUACUCG